AUGCGCUUCGUAUCGCGAGCGUCUCUGCCAUAUCUUCGCAUCUCCAUUUUCACGGUCCUCGUAGCGUUAUGGUAUUUCUUCCGCCAUCCCCGCGCCUCACCAACAUAUAAUGGACCUCCUGACUGGGACUUGAUUUUGAAAAGUCCGACGACUUCAUCAGCUUGUCCGAAUUUCCCGGGGACAUCUAACAUCGGGGUAGCAAUCAAGACAGGCGCAACGGAAGCCACAGAGAAGAUCCCAGCGUUAAUGCAAACCAGACUUCGCUGCCUCGAGAAUGUGUUCUUCUUUUCUGAUCUCGAACAAGAUAUUGAUAGUCACCACCUCUACGACGCACUAGACACCAUCUCCGAAGCCUUCCUGAACGAGAACCAGGACUUCACUUUCUACCGCCAGCAAAAAACUCUGUGGCAAAGAACCCAAAACAUAACAUCCCUCCGCGGCACCAAGAACCCGGAAUCCCCCAACGUCCUCGCCGCCUGGACACUAGAUAAAUACAAAUUCAUCCACAUCGUCGAGAAAACAUGGGCGUUGAAACCAGAUCUGGAUUGGUACCUGUUCCUCGACGCAGACACAUAUGUCGUAUGGCCGAACAUGAUCCAUUGGCUCUCUACCCUCGAUCCAAAUAGAAAGUCGUAUUUCGGCUCCGAAGUCAGCAUCAACGACAUCGCCUUCGCUCACGGCGGUUCGGGCAUCAUCCUCUCUAAAGCGCUGGUGUAUGAGAUUGCCGUCACGCGUAAAGGCGUCGCCGCGCAGUGGGAUGGGAGGACGAAGGAGAGGUGUUGUGGCGAUCUCGUGCUUGCGGAGAUGAUGCGUGAGUUUGGGACGAGGUUGAGGGAUGUGUGGCCCCUGAUGAGUGGGGAGAGGCCGGAGAGUCUGCCGUUUGGACCGGGGAGCGGGGAGUAUUGGUGUAAACCUGCGUUGACUUUUCAUCAUGUUUCGGUCGCGGGGAUGAAACGGUUUUCAGAUUUCGAGGAGGCGUGGUGGGAUAGGACGAAGAUGCCGUUGAGACAUGCUGAUGUGCUGAAGGAGCUUUGGCUGCGUGAUAUGACUGAGAGGCGCGAGAACUGGGAUAAUCUCGCCGCGGACAAAGGCGAGUUUGGCAAGACUGGGGGCGUGAAGAAGGUUGCUGCGACAUUCGAGGAGUGUAAGAGCGCUUGUGAGGGUGAUGAAGACUGUUUUCAGUUUUCGUGGCAUGGAGGGAAGUGUUUUGUGGGGAGGAGUGUGAGGUUUGGGGAGGAGAGGAUUCCGGAUGAGGGGGGCGAAUGGACGAGUGGGUGGAGUUUGACGAGGUUGGAGAGCUGGAUGGGCAGGCAGGAGGGGUGUGAUGGGGUGGAGUGGCCGGGUCAGAGAUGA